UUCAGGCCCUUCAUGCCCAACCUGGUGCCUCCCAAAAUCCCCGAUGGCGAGCGCCUGGAUUUCGAUGUGAGUGCCUCUAACAGCAGCAUCAUGGCGUUGCCGUGUCCAGCAGCUCCUGGGGGGCUUCACCGCUGUGAGCGCGGCCGUCGCCUUCAUUUCUGUCCACUGCAGGACAUCCACCGCAAGCGCAUGGAGAAGGACCUGAACGAGCUGCAGGCCCUCAUCGAAGCCCACUUCGAGAGCAGGAAGAAGGAGGAAGAGGAGCUCAUCUCCCUCAAGGACAGGAUCGAGCAGCGGAGGGCAGAGAGGGCAGAGCAGCAGCGCAUCCGCAGCGAGAGGGAGAAGGAGCGCCAGGCCCGCAUGGCCGAGGAGAAAGCUCGCAAAGAGGAAGAGGAGGCACGGAAGAAGGCUGAGGAGGAAGCUCGGAAGAAGAAAGCUUUCUCCAACAUGCUGCACUUCGGGGGCUACAUGCAGAAGUCAGAGAAAAAGGGGGGCAAGAAGCAAACGGAGCGGGAGAAGAAAAAGAAGAUCCUCAGUGAGCGGCGGAAGCCCCUGAACAUCGACCACCUCAGUGAAGACAAGCUGAGGGACAAAGCCAAGGAGCUGUGGCAAACCAUCCGUGACCUGGAGGCUGAGAAAUUUGACUUGCAGGAGAAGUUCAAGCGGCAGAAGUACGAGAUCAAUGUCCUUCGAAAUCGUGUUAGUGACCACCAGAAGGUCAAAGGGUCAAAGGCUGCCCGUGGGAAGACCAUGGUGGGUGGCCGGUGGAAAUAGAUGGCUCUGAAGGCAGAGGUGAGGCUCAGCCACAGAGAGCAGCAGUGCUGUGUGCUCCACCCAUGCCAGGGCUCCGCUGCUGCUCCAUUGCACGGUGCUUGUACAGAGCUUGCUGCAGGCACCACGCUGCAUGGGUGGGCAGGUGCUCAGCAAGGUGCUGAUUCUCAUCUCCACACCCCCACGUGAUGUUGUGUCUGUAAAUAAAGAGAGGAGUGAGGGGG